AAUUUUUGUGCGUCUGAAGCUAAAAAGCGAACGCUUAAUGUCUCAACAAACGCCGCUGACCGUCGCGCCCGACUCUCCAGCUCUGCUGGUGUCUGCUAAUGUGCAGAAAUAUGCAAUCAAGAAGAAAAAAGUGCUAAGCCCAGAAGAGGCUGAGCUUUAUGAGUUGACCCAAGCUGCAGGGAUUAUUAUAGAUCAGGAGGUCUUUAAGAUAAUUCUGGAUCUGCUAAAGAUGAACGUGGCACCUCAGGCAGUUUUUCAAACUCUGAAAGCCAUGUGUGCUGGUCAGAGGGUAUCUGAGUGUGGCACAGACUCUUCACCUGCUGCACACACAACUAUUACUACUGCACCUACAGAAGCUCGUGGGCAAAGGAAAUCUGGAAUGAGUCACAGUGAAAAAAGCAGAGAACCCACAUCCCAGAGAGUGCAACGCCAACCAAGUGCCAAUAGAGGGCAGAAGGCUAAGAGCUCUGGCAGCAGUAGUUCAUCGUCUCAGAUAAACUCUACAUAAAGAUUCAGGUUUAUUCAUUUUCAUUGUUGUGUUUACCCUAUCUUGUUUUGAACUCUCAUUUAUUUUGUUAUGUAUAAAUAUUUGAUGUGUCUGAUUUAUUGGCAUAUAAUGUUGAAAAACAAAAUGCACAUUAUGGAUAGAGAUCAGAAUUGUGUUGUCACACCUCAUAGAGUUCUCAGUGUUAAACCUUUUAAAGAGGCUAACUGUUCACAAAAGAAUAUAGACACAUUAGUAUGACAAAGGUAUUUACUAGUAGUGACAGUCUAUGGUAGUGACCCACUAGCUUGUUGGGUUAUUCCAUAGCUCUUGUGUUUACUUUUUAUAUUGUUUUAGUUAAUCCAUGUCAAUGGGAUUCUUGGUUUCUAACAAGUGGUGGAUUUUGACAAAUACCUACAUCUGGCAUUUUUCUAUAAAUAUACAAAUGUACAAUGAAUAUAUUUGCUAAGACAAGCAUGUUGCCUAAGUCUUGUGGAUUAUAUUUCAAAACAGUAUGGCUCACACACUGAAUCCAGUUUAGUGGGUAAAUGAGCAUUUCUGUUUUUUUUUUUUUGUAUUUUUUGUAUGAUUUUUAGUCUUUGUAUCAUCAUUUUGUAAAUUAUAACUGUUCCAUUAUAUUUGUGUACUACUCAAAUUUGCAUGUUUUAUUGCUUGCAUUAUUCUCCAGUGCUCUGGAAAUGUAAUAAAGCAAGCUUGUUGUACAUGUUUUGAACUGUGCACUAUACUUGCUUCUACUGAAUAAUUAUAGCAUAAUUGUCAGAUGA